GUGGGGGUUGAUGCAGGAGCGGUCUCCAUCUCCAUAUCUCCAUGUCCCUCAAGCUCUCUUCCUUCCCACCUCCACUUUGGAGACUCCAACCUCCUCCUCCUCCUCCAGUCUCGGACACCACCACCACCGCCAUCCACUUCAGCACCAGAAGCUUCAAUUGCCUCCUCUCCUCUCCCCUCAUUACCCCCCACUCCCGGCAUCGUCCUCCCAAGCUCCCUCCCCUGCUCUCCACCCCCGUCGACGUCCCCUCCCCGGAAGACGACGAAGAAGAUGAUGAACAAUACUCCGCUUCCUCCGCGCGCCACGCCGUGUCUCGCCUCCUUCAUCUCGAAUUCGGCCUCUCCCCAGACGAUGCCUCCAGGGUCGCCUCCAAUGCCCCCGAUUACAUUCGCUCCUUGAUCGAUGGGGUCCGGGAGCUCGACGAGCUCUCCCUCUGGGAUUCUUCCUGGCAGUCCACCCCUCUCGUCUCCGCCUCCACCGUCGCCGGUUUUCAGGAGAAGGUGGUUUUUUUGGCCAAGCAAAGAGGUGACCGGGGCAAGCUCGCUUUCCUCGAGAGCAUCGGCCUCCCUCUCUCCUCUGCCCUCUUUGUCGCUCGUUCCCUCUCCUCCGACUCUCUCCCCACUCUCCUUCGCAAGGUUAAAGUGUUGAAGGAAAUCUUCUUUUCUAGCAGUGAUGUAGAAGGCUUGCUCAGUAAAAAUGCUCGUCGAAUGAUGAUGCACUUAUCAAUUCCUGUGGAUGAAGAUGUGCAGCUAACCUUAUCUUUCUUCGAAAAGAUUGAAGCAAGACGUGGGGGUCUAGACAUGUUGGGCAACAAAGAUGCCUCUUUUCUAUAUCUGGUUGAAUCAUUUCCACGUCUUCUUUCAUUGCCAAUAGAAUCCCAUGUAAAGCCUUUGGUGCAAUUUUUUGAAAGUAUCGGCAUUCCUCGAGGACGAGUACCAAAUAUUAUUCUUCUCUUCCCACCAAUUAUCUUCUACAAGGUUGAUGACAUCAGGAAGAAGGUUCUGGUGUUUCAGAAGAUUCUUGCAGAUAGUCAUGAUAUUGGGAGAAUGCUUGGGACAUAUCCAUGGAUACUUUCUGCGAGCAUCCAGUUGAAUUACGAGGAGAUCCUUUCAUUCUUUCAGAUGGAAAAGGUACCAGAACCAAGCAGUCACUGUGCAAUUAGAUGCUUGCCCCAUAUUAUGGGGUGUUCAACUAGCAAGCUAAAGUUGAUGGUAGAAUCAUUGGGUGAACUAUCAGUUCGAAAUAAGAAAAUGGGUAAGGUCAUUGCUAAAAGUCCUCAGCUACUACUACGGAAGCCUGAAGAAUUUUUCCAGGUGGUUUCUUUACUCGAAAAUCUUGGAUUUGAUAGGGAGACGGUGGGGAAGAUACUUCUUCGCUGUCCUGAAAUUUUUGCUGCUAGUAUAGGGAAAACUCUAAACAGGAAGCUUGAAUUCCUUAAAAACAUGGGCAUUUCCAAUCAUCACCUCCCAAGGGUUAUAAAGAAGUAUCCAGAGGUUCUUGUGUCUGAUGUUGACCGCACUUUGAUCCCUCGGAUAAACUAUCUGAUGGAGAUAGGGCUUACAAAGCGAGAGAUUGCCUUCAUGGUGCGGAGGUUCUCGCCAUUGUUGGGUUACAGCAUUGAGGAGGUGUUCGUACCGAAGCUGGAAUUUCUAGUGAAGACAAUGGAGAAGCCUCUGAAGGAGAUUGUGGAGUACCCGAGGUACUUCAGCUACUCGCUCGAGAAGAGGAUAAAGCCUAGAUAUUGGGUGUUAAAGGGUAGGAAAGUAGAGUGUAGCUUGAAAGAUAUGUUGAGCAAAAAUGAUGAGGAGUUCGCCGCGGAUUUUAUGGAUGUCGAAAGGAUGAUUGUUCCCCCUGCCCCUUCUCAUCAUUGAAAUACCCGGGAAAGUCGUUGUGACAUAGAAAGCCGGUGUGUUGUACAUACAUAUGAAGAAAUUGCAGUUAAAAAGGAAAAAAAAUAGUGAGUUGGGUUUUCCUUUGUCUUCGAUAA